CAAUUUAGAUAUUAUAAAUAAUUUAUAAAAGUGCCCAUUUUUCAUAUAGAUUCAAUGGCAUGCAUGAACAUUACAAACUAAACAAUCUUCAUUGUUUUCAACAAUGAAAAAAUAGCCAACACAAGUAGCUUCGAUUUUUUUUUUUUAGUCUCCAUCCCCUUUCUUACCUAUAUAGCACAAGCUGCGGCAAGCAUUGUGGGCUUCACUCUGCUGCAUCUGUGUGUGUAAGAGAGAGAGAAAUGGAGUUGUACAGAAAUGAUGAGCAUGGUUUCUUGGAAGAGUUACUAGAAAUGGAGUCCUUCAGAAAUCAAGAAAGCUUGCCUAGUCUUGCUUAUAUCCCUUCCUACCAACUAUCACCGCCCGACUUCAGCUUCAUCCAAACGCUCCCUUAUGAUUUUCAAAAUCCCGAACCCCACAGUUUGAACACGAGCCCUCAGAAGCCGGCGUCGAAGAACCUCAUGGCGGAGAGACGGCGGCGGAAGCGCCUCAACGACCGCCUCUCCAUGCUCAGAUCAGUUGUUCCUAAGAUUAGCAAGAUGGACAGAGCAUCUAUUUUGGGAGACACCAUAGACUACAUGAGAGAACUGCUGGGAAGAAUCAACAACUUGCAGGAAGAAACGCAUUUAUUCAAGGAUGUCAAACCCAACGAAAUUUUACUCAGAAAUUCGCCCAAGUUUCAAGUGGAAAGAGGAAAUCCGGAUACAAGAAUUGAGAUUUGCUGCGGCGGGAAGCCGGGAUUGUUGCUGUCAACGGUGACUACAUUAGAAGCAUUAGGCGUCGACAUUCAGCAGUGUGUUAUUAGCUGUUUUAAUGACUUUGCACUGCAAGCCUCUUGCUCAGAGGAUUUGAAGAAGAUAGCGAUUUUGGAUCCAGAAGACAUAAAGCAGGCGCUUCUGAGAAAUACAGGAUAUGGAGGGAAGUGCCUCUAGGAAAUUAUUGUUAGAUUUUACUUCAUUUCUGCAGAAAUAUCAAAUAUGCAUCACAUAACAUACAUUCUCUCUCUCUCUCUCUCUCUCUCUCUCUCUCUCUCUCUCUCUCUUUCUUCUUUUUUGUUGAUUUUUUUCCCUCUUUUUUUCUGGAUAUCUUGGUGGUAUUGGGGAAGGUUGUGAAUGUGUACUCGUGAAGGAGAUAUAGAGGUGAGGGGUUGUAUGUUUUACCUUA